UUCUAUAAAAGCUAUGAAAAAUAAAAACCCUAGAGUUCAUCAAGCUGGCAUUCUUACGAAGCCAUUAAAGCUAGUAAGAAUUUGAGCCGAAUUAUAAAAGAUGGGGAGGGGAAAAUUCAACAUGGAACUCAUAAGCAACGAGAAGACUCGCAUGGCAACCUACCAUAAGAGAAAAAAAGGUUUGAAGAAGAAGGUUUACGAGUUAUCCACUCUUUGCGACGUGGAGACAUGCAUGAUCAUCUACGGCCCGAAGCAGAAAGACCAUCCUCGUGAUUUUGCCACGUGGCCGGAAAGUCAAGAGAAACUCCGGCGAAUAAUCAGCCACUUCAAGGUUAAAGGCGCACACCGGAACGGAAGCCACGGAAUAUCGCGCUAUUUCAUCGACCGGAAGAAAAAUAUUGACAAGGAGAUCUCAAGAAAUCGCAUGAAAAGCUGCGACGCCAUUUUUCAGCCGUGGGAUCAACGCUUCGACGGUUUCUCUGAAGCACAGGUGAGUAUAGCUCUUGCGUUGUUGGAAGCUAAGCUUGAAGAAGCGCAGAGGAAGCUUGAUUGUAUGGUGAAGAAUGCAACAGCAUUACGAAUGAUGGGUGCUCAGGGAAUGCUUCAAAAGAGUAUGGAAGUAGAGGCUAUGAAUCUGCAGCCUAUAUCUUGUUUGAAGCCGUUGGAUUAUUUGGAAUACCCUUUGCUGCCGUUGGAUUUUAAUCCUUUGAAGGUGGAGGAUGGUCAAGAUUAUUAUGCUGGCUUUGGGGGAAUGUAUAGUAGUGAUAUAGUGCAGUAUACUCCAUUGAACGGCCCAAUGUAUUAUGAUCCAACGGUCAACAACCCUUUGGUGGUGCCUCCAAUGUACGACUAUAAUCCUACUAUGCCGUUGAUGCUGCCCAAUCAGCAGUACCCUAUGAUGCAAACUGUUUCGGAUCAAAUGGAUGGGUUUGAGCUUAUGAUGAAGGACAUGAUAGAAAGGUAGUAGCGGGAUAGAGAUUUCGAGCAAUUUUGAUGUUCAAAUUACUAAUAAUUCAAGUAAUAAAUGUGAUAGGAGCUUUUAUGGAACUAGUCUCGGGCAACAAGUGAGCUCUAUUAAUACUAUUUCUUAUU